AGGCGGCUGCUCCCUGCUGACUGGGGUGUGGGCGGGGAGCGACGGAGGGAGGAGGAGGCGCUGCUGGCCGCCGCCGUUGCCUCCGCUGCUGGGCGCCGGGACAGCUCCCCGGGUUCCUGCAGCCGCCAUGGACGAGCAGGCGGGUCCUGGCGUCUUCUUCAGCAACAACCACCCGGGCGCCGGCGGUGCCAAGGUGCUCGGGCCUCUGGCGGAGGCUGCCGCGGCCGGCGACGGGGCGGCUGCGGCGGGGGCGGCCCGAGCCCAGUACAGCCUCCCGGGUAUCCUGCACUUCCUGCAGCACGAGUGGGCCCGCUUCGAGGUGGAGAGAGCCCAGUGGGAGGUGGAGCGGGCGGAGCUGCAGGCCCAGAUUGCCUUCCUUCAGGGGGAAAGAAAAGGUCAAGAAAAUUUGAAGAAGGAUCUUGUGAGGAGGAUCAAAAUGUUGGAGUAUGCUCUUAAACAGGAAAGAGCCAAAUACCACAAGUUGAAAUAUGGGACAGAAUUGAAUCAGGGAGAUAUGAAGCCUCCAAGCUAUGAUUCUGACGAAGGUAAUGAAACAGAAGUGCAGCCACAACAAAACAGCCAAUUAAUGUGGAAACAAGGUCGACAGCUACUCAGACAGUAUCUACAGGAGGUGGGUUACACAGAUACUAUUCUAGAUGUGAAAUCUAAACGAGUGCGAGCUUUGUUGGGCUUUUCAAGUGAUGUCACUGACAGGGAAGAUGACAAAAAUCAGGACUCAGUUAUAAAUGGCACAGAGGCUGAAGUUAAAGAGACAGCAAUGAUUGGAAAAUCGGAGCUAACAGAUUCUGCCUCUGUGCUGGAUAAUUUCAAAUUCCUUGAAAGUGCAGCUGCAGAUUUCAGUGAUGAAGAUGAAGACGAUGAUGUUGAUGGAAGAGAGAAAAGCAUCAUUGAUACUUCAACAAUUGUUAGGAAAAAAGUGUUGCCUGAUAGCAGUGAAGAUCGAGAUACAAAAGAAGCUUUAAAGGAGUUUGACUUCUUGGUUACAUCAGAGGAAGGAGACAGUGAAUCUAGAAGCGCAGGUGAUGGAACAGACUGGGAAAAGGAAGACCAGUGUCUCAUGCCUGAAGCCUGGAAUGUGGACCAGGGAGUAAUUACCAAACUCAAGGAACAAUACAAAAAGGAGAGAAAGGGGAAAAAGGGGGUGAAGAGAAAAACUACCGAAGAUCUGUUUCAGCCUCUAUCCUAUAUAAAACAGUCAAAACAGGGAUGUGGGAGAAUGAAGAAUCAAAGCUCAGGACCCAAUAGGUCAAAACUACAAGAUAUGCUUGCUAAUUUGAGAGAUGUUGAUGAACUUCCUUCAUUGCAGCCAUCUGUGGGUUCACCUUCCAGACCCAGCAGCUCCAGGCUUCCUGAACAUGAAAUUAAUAGGGCAGAUGAAGUGGAAGCAUUGACAUUUCCUCCUUCUUCUGGAAAGUCAUUCAUCAUGGGAGCAGAUGAGGCCCUUGAAAGUGAACUAGGACUUGGAGAAUUAGCAGGCCUUACGGUGGCCAACGAAGCAGAUUCGUUAACUUACGAUAUCGCAAACAAUAAAGAUGCAUUGAGGAAGACAUGGAACCCUAAGUUUACAUUAAGAAGUCACUUUGAUGGCAUCCGAGCCCUUGCUUUUCACCCCAUUGAGCCUGUUUUGAUAACAGCAUCAGAGGACCACACAUUAAAAAUGUGGAAUCUGCAGAAAACAGCCCCAGCCAAAAAGAGUACUUCUCUUGAUGUAGAGCCUAUCUAUACAUUCAGGGCCCAUAAAGGUCCAGUGCUUUGUGUGGUAAUGAGCAGCAAUGGUGAGCAGUGUUACAGUGGUGGUACUGACGGGCUGAUCCAGGGCUGGAAUACUACUAAUCCCAACAUCGACCCCUAUGACUCUUAUGAUCCUUCUGUUUUAAGAGGCCCUCUACUAGGCCACACAGAUGCAGUCUGGGGUUUGGCUUAUAGUGCAGCACAUCAGCGUUUGUUGUCCUGUUCAGCAGAUGGCACUCUGCGUUUGUGGAAUGCAACUGAGGUUGCUCCAGCACUAAGUGUAUUUAAUGAUAAUCAAGAAUUGGGAAUCCCUGCCUCUGUGGAUCUGGUAAGCAGUGAUCCAAGCCAUAUGGUAGCAUCAUUCAGCAAAGGAUAUACAAGCAUCUUUAACAUGGAAACCCAGCAACGUAUUCUCACUUUAGAAUCAAAUCUAGAUACACCAGCCAGCUCUUCCUGCCAAAUAAAUAGAGUCAUCAGUCAUCCUACUCUUCCCAUCAGCAUCACUGCUCACGAAGAUAGGCAUAUCAAAUUUUAUGAUAACAAUACGGGCAAACUGAUCCACUCGAUGGUGGCCCACCUAGAAGCUGUUACAAGUUUAGCAGUUGAUCCUAAUGGCCUCUACUUGAUGUCUGGCAGUCAUGACUGUUCAAUACGUUUGUGGAAUCUAGAAAGUAAAACGUGUAUCCAAGAGUUCACGGCUCAUCGGAAAAAGUUUGAAGAAUCGAUUCAUGAUGUAGCUUUCCACCCAUCCAAAUGCUAUAUAGCCAGUGCUGGAGCUGAUGCACUGGCUAAAGUCUUUGUAUGACACGAUGCAUCAUCUUCACCUUCUAGCUCUUUAUAAAUAAUCAACUGCACAAAAGAGAUACAGAAGACGAGGGCAAGUAUCGACUCGUCCUGCCCUUUUGGUCUGCUGAAGGAGCACAGAGAACAUUUGUUAAAGUAUAGUUUUGCAAUUCAUAUACUGUUUUCUAAAACUAAGGUUUGUUCAGGUUGCUGCAAGCUCGGCUGAAUCUAUGAGCCUGAAAACUUAUAAAUUUUCUCCCAAAUAGGCGCUUUUAUUUCUGAAGUGGUUCUAAUUCGCUAGGCAGGCCUGAGCGAAUGUAGGUUUAGCUUGUCCUUAUUGAGUAAGUAGGGCAUGCUACAAUGGAUAAUUAAAAAGCUCAAUAGCUGGGAAUGAAUAAAGGAAGAAUGGAAACUUAGACCUAGUUCUCCUUUAAGAAAUCUUAUUAAACACAUGAGGUAGUCAAAACAGUAAUCUUUGUCAUAUCUACCAUACUGACCCAUUUGUGUAUAAUGACCGGCAGUGUUAACAUGAGUUUUUGAUUUAGCUCUCCUUUCAGCUGUUCACAUAAAGCACCUGACAAAGCAUUUUACCUAUUAGGGGGUAAAAAAAAAUGCAAUAAUAUGUUAAAUAUAUAAUUAUUAAGAAAUGCAAAACAAAUAUUUAGUUUGCAAGCAGAUUUCUAUAUUGUAUUACCAUUUUGAAAAUAGAUUUGGUAUCAUUCUAAAGUUUAGCUGUCAAGCACUCACCAUCAUGAAGAAUAGUUGAUAGAGUCUGCUUUUACUAAAGGAUUUAACUUACACAGGUUUGAAAUUCUGUUUAUUUUUAAGGAUAAACAGGGCAUAUCUCUAUAAUAAUUUCUAUUUUGAAAUUCACUUUAUUCCUGUGAUAUUUAUAGUACCAGAGUGAUUAUUUCAUAUUGAUGAAAUCUUACCUUUCAGUGACUGAAAAGAUGAAAGUUACUUGCUAAUUCUCAUCAACACCCACAUAACCAUGCUUCAGAUGAUCUCUGUUCUUUCUUCUUUGUCUCUUACUUACAUAUUAUCUGACACCUACCAAAAAUAGUUCAUAAUUAUUGUUUUAAUAGUCCAAAGAGUAUGGUUAACCUCAGGCAGCUGCUUUUGCAGAAGUACUAAUUAAAGCAAAUGUUUUUGUGCUCCAGAAGUCCUCUAUUAAUAUUUCCAAGAAGAAGAGCCUCCCAGAAAUCUGGAUAGAAGAGUUCAAUGCCUAUUAUUGGCUAAAAAGUUCUCUGUCUCUCCCUCUAUCUAUCCCUCCCCUACUGUUUAAUUGGAUAUACAUGUUUUAGUUGGCAGUAAAUCUAUGUUGUUUCUGUGGAAAACCAUAUCUUAAAAGGCCAGGCUUCCCCAAACUCACCUUACCUGUGACCUACAUGUGGUCAGCUUUUGGGUUUCCUAUGACCCCACUGUCUGGACCUCAUCCCUAUCAUAGAGACCUCAUGCCUAUAGCUGCCAUGCUUCUCCUCAUACUAUUUGUUAUUUGCCCCAAAUGACAGAGACCAGUCUAGAAGUUAUAAAUAAAUUAUUAAUGCCCACCUUUCACAAAAAUGUAUAUAUACAGUAGGCUCUCAGAUUUAAAAAAAACUUAUAUCCAUAAAUAUUUUAGCCUAUUAAUAAAUUCCUACAUUCCUAUUCCCACAUAUUCCAUUGUCAUAGAAGUGACUCUUUUGAUGAUAUGCACGUGUACUCCUUGAAGAUGUAUUCUAGGGGUGGUGUGGAUAAUAGUUGAUAAUAUUUCUUUAAAAUUUCUGUUUUCCUCUAAAAUUCUGCAGUGUACAGGCAAAUUUUCUUUAAAGGUCUAAGCUGAAUUUGUCUGAUUGUUAUAAGAUAUGCUGUAGUGUUUUAACACAGCCACCUUUUCAUUUCAUCUUUGUGCUUUGGCUAACGAGCAGGCUAAAAGACUCCUUUUUAUAAUCAAAUGAAUUAACCCUAGACAUAAGCUGCCAGGUGAAUGUUUAUAUUUCUGUGCAAAUAUAGAAUUCUACAUUGUGUUCAGUAAAUUUCUUUUGGUUCUUCAUAGAGUGAAGAACGGUUAUUGCUAACCUAACAUUUAAAGAAGGAUACUGGAAAAUACCAGUUAGGUGCCCUUGUUAUAUUUAUGAUGGACAACUACAAAACUAUUGAUUGUUCUACCAGUUAUUGCUUUAAUUACCUUCUAAGAUCAUCAGUGCCUGUUUUACUAAUGUUACUGAAAUUCUGGAAACCAAGACACUCUCUUCUCCUGUUAAUUUUAUUCUUUAUGGUUGAAAUUUUUCUGUUAAUGAGUGGGAAAUAACCAUGAGAUAUAUAGACUAUAGUGCAAAUGAUGGAACUGUUGAAAGUUCCUUAGAAAGCCAGUGCUGUGCCGUUGGAGACUGUACACAGAGAGUUUCUUCACUAGCACUGCAUGAUCUCAGCCUAGAAAUGAGCCAAAGCUGUCUUCCAACCAGAUAGUAGCAUACAUAUGUGUCUGACUUUCCCCAGCCUAUUGAAAAUUCAAUGAAAAUUCACAGAACAAAUUCAAUAUUCAAAGAGCUGUUGAAAUGCUGUCAUAGUGCUUGAUUUGUAAAUAUUUUGGAUGAAAUGUAUUGGAAUAGUAUGAAAAUCAGCAGGAGGUUAAGAGUCCCUGCCUUAUUUUCAUAUGCUAUGGAUACAUCUCUGGGAGCUUGCAGCACCCUUCUCAAAACUCAGCUGUCAUAUGGAGCCCAUUUGCUACUCAAACCAUAGACAGAUAUUUAACAUAAGUGAUAUAAUGACCUUCAGUAUUUUUCUAUUGAACAAGUUUAGCAAUUUUUGCCAUUAAACAGAUACUUAGUUAUGCAAAGUAUUUAGCUUUUAUAAUCAUUUUAGUUAUGACUAAAAGGGGGGAAAUUGAGCUGCAUCACUAAUAAUGAACUUUGUGAGAAAUUUUUUGUUUAUCUGACUUUCAUUCCUUCAGUAUUCUUGCUAUAAAUUUCUUUUGGAGAUAAUGAUGAAGAUUUAUUUGAAAAUGUCUAAAAUGUAUGUAUAUUUUAUAAAUAUAUAUUAUAUAUAUUGUAAGAAUAUAUAUAAUAUAUAUAGACUAUAUAUAUAAAAAAAACCAUAGGUGCAUUUUACUGUUUUGUAUUUUCAUUUUUGGAGGCAGUGUACACAGCAAAUAAUGAUGAGUAUGGCGAGUGUUGUGCUGUUUGCUUUUGCAGUAUAAUAUAUAAUUCUAAAUGUUUAAAUUGCUGUAUAUACUAUAUUCAUUAUAGGCUAGCAUGCUUGUUUUAAAGAUUGUCAUUCUAGUUUAUUAAAAUCUGAAUGUAAGAAAACCUGGCUAUUCAAAUGUGAAUUGAAAAAUAUUCCAUUCUCAGUACUGAACUAUUUCCAUUGAACAUUCAGGCUUUUUAACAAAACAAAUAUCAUCAAGAAGGCAAUAGCUAGAAAAUGAGAGGUGCCUUUAAAAAAAAUACAAAUGCAGCCUUACAGUGAGGAUGAAGAUUGAGUUGGGGGGGAGGGGGGACAGUGAGAGAGAGAGUGUGUGUGCGCGCGUCUGCACGUGCGUGCGUAUGUGUGUUUACCAAUUUGUGAAGGUCCUGAUAUGUGACCAUCAAUGUCUUUUUAAUGUAUCUGCUCAACUUCUAGGACUUCAGGGGACAUUUCAUGCACUGUCUCUGUGCUCUUCUGAGUACCAUAUAUACUUUACAAGAAUUUUGAAUGUGAAUUCCUAGAAAUUUCAGUAGAGACAAAAUAGCUGUUGUUUCAUUAUAGUCAAGUUCAGGUAAAAGGAAAAGUUAUUGGUUCACCAAAAUUAUGGGAUCUUAUUAAUGUUGGCUAAGUAAAUACAGUUUUUAAAGGCUUACUUUUUUAGUACUUCAUGUAUUUUCCCCUUAUACAAGAGCAUGUUAUGAAAUUCCUAUGUGAUAAGAUUCAACUAGUAGAAAUUAUUUUUAAACACCUGAACUAGUUAAAAUUCCACCUAAGAAUAGUCUUAAAGUAUUUAAAUGGCAUCUCUCAUAUCUACCUCUUUGUCAUUGCUGCCAUUUUAACUAAAGCUAAUCUUUAUGACAUCUGAAAUGAUGGUUGGAUGCAAUUUAAAAACCUAUGUUGGUGCUGUUCUCAGGCUUUGUAAUUUAAGUUAUAUUGUACUAAGAUGUCACAAAUCAGAUUGAAAGGCUUAGAAUUAAUUUGGUUUUCUUUUGAAAAAAUUGCUUAAAAUUAAUCAUUAAUGUUGUUAGUGAGUGGAGAUAGUUAAUCUCUGGUUGUUGUCUAACUGAUGUUUUCACCCAAGAGCCAAAUUAUUGCUCAAUUUACAUGGAAAAAAGUUCUAAGUAUAAUUAUAUUCAGCUUUAUUCUUUGAAAGCUAUUUCAAGACUAUUAAAUACAUAAUCAUUCAUUUUAUUUACUCAGAAGUUGCCUCCAUUAUUAUGUUAACUUGUUUAGUUAUUUAUAUAAUUGCAGUACUUUAAGUGUUUGACACUGGGAUUCAGGUUGUACAAAUGUAGGAGCUGACAAAAAUAUGUAUAUUUUUGUGUAAAGUAUCAAUUCCUGAAGUUCAUUCUAGGGGAAGGUCCAGAAAACUAACGUAUCUGUGUUUAAAAUAAAGGACAGGUCAUUGGUAAAUGAUUUGAAUCAUUUUUACUUUUGCCACUAAAAGCUUUUUAUUUGGCCAUAUCCAUCAUCCAGCUGGAUCUCCAUGUCAGUGUUCCUUUACACUGACAUAGGUUCACAGAAUAUUGAACAGAUCCUUUAUAUCAGUUUCUCUUUUGUUUUUUAAAACCUGUAAAAAAGCAAAUAUUAGGCCAAACAGAGAUCCCUAGAUUCCAGUCAUUUAUUCUAACAGUAUUCCUGAAGUGGUGCUUAGGGGUCAGAAUUUUCUGGAUCUUUGCUAGUUAAGCUUUAGGUUUCAUUGAACUGGGACCACCAUUUAAAAUGCUUGUCAUCCCUCUGAUUCAAAUUUGAAAGUUCAUUUUAAUUUAGAUUAACUUUAAUGUCUGCCUAGUUUUUUAAUAGGCUGUGAACCAGUGAGUGCCUUGUUAAUGUAGAAUGAUUUUUUUCCUGGUUGUGUGUUAACUCCUCUCUGAAAAUGUCUCAGAGAAUGGUAUUUUAAUUGACUUGUAGAGAGCUGCUAAAUUUGGCAUUAUCAGCAAUCAGAAAGUCUUAGGUCUACCACAUCUCUCUAUCCCUACUUUCUCCUCAUUGUUUGGCUAAAGUUUGCCUCUUGUGAGAAAACAAAUAGAAUCCCUUUCUCCACACACUUUUUUUCAGUCCAGAUUAAGAUGUAUCCCUUAACCCCCACCCCAUCUAUAUGAUCUAAUAACUGUUUUUAGGAGAAGCUACUUCUUUGUAAUACUGAAAUCUACAGGUUAUUUUGUGUCUUCUCAACUUCAGUUUACUAGAGGUGACCUCGGGGUAUCAUCAGUUCAGAUUCCUAAAUAACCCUUUCUCUCCAUACUCAAGCCCCAACUGGUGAGCCCUGGGCCAGAUUGUUUGAUCUUCAGGUAUUUUAAAUUUUAGUUAUAAUAUCAAUUAAUGUACAUUAAUCUAAAUGCUAAUUUUUGUGGUGCAAGAAGUUUCUUUUGUAAAUUCAGGGUGUGGAUAAGCUAAUUAAGGUAUCCAUUUUUGGUGGCUCGAAGUGUAUUAUUUGUUUUUAAAUAAAGUGUACAAAUAUAGAUAAUGUGCUA